GAAGAGGUCACUGUUUAGAUCGUAUUUUGUAUAUAUAUUGCGGAAAUUAUUAUACGAUCAAUAUUUCUGAUGCUCCUUACCCUUACAAAAUCAAAAUACGAAGGUACCUAAACCUUGUAUGAUAUCGAACCGAAAAUUAACAUGGAUGGUGGUCAUAUUGUUUUCUUCUGCUUUCUUUUCAUUUAUAUUUGCCGUCAGAGGACUGAAUGUUGCAGAACCUGGGACGAAAAACACCUGCAAUGCAAAGAAUGCUAUCCAGGAUAUCUGGGUUGGAAUUGCUCAGAGCAAUGUCGCUACCCUAAUUACGGAAGGGAUUGUCAGGAAUUGUGCAAGUGCGAAGAGAAGCUCUGUGACAUCGCCGAUGGAUGCAUAGCACCAGACAAAACAAAUUGUCCUCCAGGAUAUCUCGGUCGAAACUGCUCAGAGAGAUGUCCCUAUCCUAACUACGGGAUAGAUUGUCAACACAUGUGUGGGUGCGAAGAAAAAUUGUGUGAUGUCGCCACUGGAUGCAUUUCACCUGCUGACGAGCCAGAUUGUCCUUCAGGAUAUCAGGGUCAUAACUGUUCCAAGCAAUGUCAUUAUCCUAAUUACGGAAAACAUUGCCAUGGAUUCUGCAAGUGUGAAGAGAAGUCUUGUGAUAUCGCCAGUGGGUGUUUAUCACCAAACGAAGGAUGCAUUGAUGGAUAUUUUGGCGAAGGGUGCAAAAAAAGCUGCCAAUAUCCAUCAUAUGGAAAAGAUUGUCAACAAUUAUGUGAAUGUGUCGAAUCUGUUUGCAAUAUUACCACCGGAUGUGACACUUUCAAUCAUAAUGACUUGAAGUCGGACGAAUCCCAUGAAUCAACGGCGAAACAAAUAACAGGACAUACAUUAUUGGCGGUCAUUGUUUCAGUAUCUGUCCUGUCCUCUGUCUUGAUGUCAGCUAUCAUCUCACAUGUCAUCUGGCGACUAAAAAGACCAAACAGAGCUAUUACGAGAUCAUCAUCUCCUGAACAACAACAACAAACAUCGAACAAAGCAACGACACUGAGGGCAGCAAACACUUACUGCUUCAAUGAGGAUGCUAGACUCAGUCAUUUGUAUAGUUCGCCGAUAGAGAUCUCCGCUAGCCAAACUGAUCCAGAAUGACAUUGCGAAGUGUUUAAACGGAAACGUGUGUCAAGAGAAAAAUCUAAUGUCAACAUAUGUGCGUAUGAACAAAAUUUAUGUCUUUGCAUAUUUCUUGAUUGUGUUGAGGUUAAGAAAGAAAAAAGUGUAUUCGUUACAUGGCCCGUUAUACUACAUUAAUAGGUUUUAUUGAGAUUAAGAUUAAAAGGGUAUGCUCUUCGUAUGAAAAAUUUCUAAGGCGAGGCAAACUACCGACAAGCAAGUUGAUAAAACAGGACUAUUAACAGUCUCGUCUGAAGUCAUCUUUUCGUAAUGUCUAUGGUCGAUACAACGACCUCGUCAGCAAAUACAUUCUUCCACUAGAUCGCAUGCUGACAGACGUUUUUCAUAAUAAUUGUUAGACCAUAAAUAUUCAUCUAAUUGUCUACAGACUUCUAUGCCCCCCCCCCUCCCCCCGAUUACGACAAAAAAGCACACGGCGGAUGUUACCGUUCAGCAGAGGAUGCCCACUUCUCCAUUGCACCUGAUCCUACCUUUAUCUUUUUAGAGGUCCGUCUUGCUUUUCUUUGGAUUUGUAUUUUGUUUUAUGGAUUUUUAAGAUAGUUGACACUUUGUUAUUGUCAUGUUUUCAUUGUAUAAAGUCUGUUAUUUUAUGUAUAAAAUAUAAGGGAAGAGCGAGAACUCUCAUACCGAUAAAUGAAGAACUGAAAUUACACAUUCAUAAUCGUAUUUUACGCGAUAGUCUCUAACUUUCGGUUUCAACUGUUUCCUGAACUAGACUAUAAAUUUCUUCCCCUAAAUACAUGGAAUUCAAUAAUUAAGCAAUUCGUUGCACUGACCAAAUUAUCCGUAUUUAUUCUAUAAGAUAGCUUUGUAUAGGUACAUAAUGUGUAUCAUCGCACGUACGCAAAUGCUCACACACACAGCAUGCUAUUCAGUCUGAAUAUACGGUAAUAAGAUAUUUUAACUAAACAAACUCGCACAAAUAUAUUCCUUCCACAUAAUUUCUCGAUUUAAUAUACAUAUACAAUACCACAUUGUAAUUUGAUUGGAGCCAAGGUGCCAGCCUUUUGUUCUAGAUCUGAUGCCAAUAAAGAUAGUACGAAGCAUUGAGAUUCCUAGUAUUCCUAGUAUUGAUAUCUUGCCUAUUGAAUCUGCAGCGAUGCAUUUAGAUUCUGUAUAUUUUGAAUUUCAAUAUAAAUUCUGCCACAAACAGGAAGAAUGGUACAUGAAUAAUCAUACAAAUCACAAUAUUGACCUACAUCUCAAGUGUUUCCAUCAAAACAAGAUACAAAUGUAACUGUUCUAGGCUUAAAUAGUCAGAACAGCAGCUAGUAGACCAGUUAAACAGUUUAAAAAAAAAAUUCUUAAAAUUUUCUGAUAUGAAAAUUAACCUGGUAAUCAUUUCAUAUUUUCUUAGCCUGAAAAGUUUCUAUAGUUACGCAACACUUACUUCGAUAUUUUACACGUAUGAGAUAUUUUACAAUUGCUGUAAAUAUGUACAAAUGUCUGUAUAUUUUCAAAAUUAUUGUUGUUUUAUUGUUAACAAAUUCAUUUAUUUCGUCAUUCAAUUUUAUAGAACAUUUAAGUACUCUGACAGGAAUAUGCCAUAUAGUUCUCACAUAUAAAAUCUUCCUGAUUGUGCAGUAUGUUGAAAUACAUUGAUAACAAACGGAAACCACGUCCUCUGAAGUAUGUUUAUAGCUAACUAUAUUGAGAAUAUGAAUGCCGAAUGUGAUUUCCGUUUUUGGAUUUAGUUAAAAUAGAUAAAUGGCAACAAAGAGAAUUUGACAAAGCCAAAAAAUACCGAAGUUUUAUUCCGUUAAAAUGUUACGUCUUUUCGUUAUCAAAUACUUUUACUUUACCAACUUUGUAAAUUAAAAAAAAAAUUUGAAUAAAUUCUGGUAUUCUUAAAAUUGCAUGUUAUGUUAUUCUAUUGGUUAAAAUGGUCUUAACUCUGGAAUAAUAAAUUUUAAUCGAAUCACAAUCAAAAAUAUUAUCUGUAUGUUCCAGGACUGCAAAUAAUUUUACAAGGAACCCAAAGUACCCUUUGGAUACUCGUAUAUCUGAAGAACUGAAAUUCAACGAAAUACUUUCAAGAUCUCUAAUCAAACCUCAGGAUUUAUGUGAUAGUUUUCUGAUUAAAGUUAACCAAAGCACAUUUUAUAAACAUCUAAGCGCCGGGAAAAUGAAAUCCAUGUAGCUAUUUACUGUUAUGUACGAAGUUGUACUUAAAACUUCGAUACUAGUCCUCAAAAAUUGUAAUUGUGAUUAAAGAUACAUGUACUUGGUGAUUUGGGGGAGGGGAAUGAAAUUUGGAAUGAAC